AUGCAGUUCCUACACCCACUUUUUGACAUCGAGUCGCAAAUCCAGAUCUACUCCUCUGAACMAAUAUUUGCUAACCAUUUCCAGGCCUAUGCCCACGCCCGCAAAGCCGCGAGGGAAACGCAACUGAAUAAUUGGAACGAGGCGGCGGAAGAACAUGGACUCGCUGCCAUAGACUUUGCAAAAGCUUCAAGAAGCACGGCCGAUUCCGAGGCACUACGGAUGAUUACGCUUCUCGAAGAACAGCAUCUUCGUUUAGCGCGCACUAUCAAAAAUCAGCCUGAGAAACCGGUAGCUGCCAAUCCUAACUCGAAUCCAGUCCCAGCUUCACCAUCUCCUUCUCCGUCCCUUGCCAGAGAAAUGGCUUCCCGGAGAGGCAUCCCGGCCGCCAGCAGGAACCCAUCCCGGAGCACAACGACCAAAACACAAACUCAAGAAGAAAUGGAACUAGAAAAUCUCACUCUGAAGCAGACUUUGGAGGGUUUGGUUGGUAAGAUCAACGGACUGGAAGAGACCAACUCGAAAUACGAGAAGACCUUGAAAAAAUAUCACACGCGAUGGGAGGAGCUUCGGAGGAGCGCCCAGGAGAAGGACAGGGCGAAACGAGAGCGUGCCGCUGCGAAAGAAAAGGAGGGCCCUGUGGGAGAUUGA